UUCGCGAUUCGCCUACUUUUUGCCGCCCAGAAGCAGCCAGCCAUCGCGAGCGCCGUUAUCUUUAUUUCGUGUUUGCAGAUUGCAGUUCUCUUGGUGGACCCGGCGCCGGCCGUUGACAGAUUUCGCAGUGUACGAUUGCACUGUCCCAAAGAAUCUUAGUAGGCCAACAAAGUGAUCCCCAUCAGUCAGUGCAGUCGGAGAUCCAUGGAAGACGAAAAGUGCAAAUCGGAGUCAAUCCCAUUGACGACCAUCGAUGCAGGAGAUAAACAAACCAAGGUGCUUAUCGGGCAUAGUUAUGAUGACGCGCUGAAGGAGGCCGGUUUCGGUCGGGCGCAGAUAUGGAUGACCGUGUUGUGUGGAUUUUCGGUGAUGGCCUCCGCAAACGAGUCCAUGGGCAUGGGAAUCAUCCUGCCGGCCAGUCAGUGCGAUCUGGAGCUGGAUAUGUCGCGGAAGGGGAUCAUUAGUGGUGCGGUGUUCAUGGGGAUCAUGGUGUCUACGUACUACUGGGGGUACCAGACGGAUAUCCGAGGGCGGAAGGCGGUUCUCAAAGUUACGCUGCUUGCAGCGGCGGGCUGUUCGUUUGUCGCUACGUUUGUUAACCAGUUUGAGUUGUUGGUGGUGCUACGGUUCUUGAUUGGAUUGUUCAUUUCGGCACCUUCUUCGGCGGCGAUUGUUUACUUGGGGGAGUUUUGUCCAGCGAACAGGCGAGGACAGAUGAUUGGAUACGCGUGUGCCAUUGGAGGACUUGGCUUCGGUUACGUUGCGGUGUUCGGAUGGUGGAUUCUUUCGUACGAAUGGACGAUUGUGGUGACUGAAUCGUUCACGAUACGACCUUGGAGGUUGCUCUUCCUAGUGAACACCCUGCCAGGAUUCAUAUCUGGCUUGGUAUUUUGCUUGUACCCGGAAACACCGAAGUUCCUACUCAGUCAGGGUAAACCGGAAGAGGCGUUGAAUGCCCUUCGAUGGGUUCACAAGCAGAACAAAGGUUUCCGAGAGCGAUUCGGGGUGCAGAAGCUUCAGUAUGAUGUCAAGCAGCAAGAAGCGGUUGAAAAUGAACCUGAAGAAAAGACCAGUAUUCUUAAGAAGCUCUGGACACAAAUUUCGCCGUUGACGCGGUUGCCACAUUCCAUUUACCUGAUAGCCUGCAGCAUUCAAACCGCAACUGCGUACAUAACAUACGGCGGCCUCGGAGUCUGGUUCCCUCAGAUAAUGAACAUUGUGUUCAAAUCGGAAGUCACAACCGGAACUCCGAUUUGCUCGAUUAUUCAAAUUCAACCGUCAGUCAAUGCUAGUUCAGUCAACAUCACUAGUCCGAUUGAAGUCGCAGCCGCGGAGUGCAAUGACGCACUGCCUCAGGAAGUCUUCGUCUACACGCUCGUUUCCGGGCUGAUGUGCGGGGGCUACAUGCUCCUCAGCUCCAUCAUCCUCAGCCAACUCACGGAGAAAACGAUGAUCUACGUCAACAUGAUCACAGCAGGCUGUGCUGGCAUCGGCUUGCAGUACAUCACCCAUUCCUACGUGGUGGCAGCACUGUUCUGCGUGCAGAUCGUUGCCGCCUCCUUGUGCAUCGUUCUAGUUCGCUCGAUCCAAGUAGCCGCCUUCCCCACGCAAGUCCGAGCAACGGCCAUCUCACUGACCAAUCUAGCAGGCCGCAUUGGGCUAAUCAUCUCCAACGUCGUCACCGGCCUACUGAUCGUUCAGCAGUGCACCUUUACUCUGUACACCAUAGCGACCCUGCUGUUUGUGAGCGCAGGGUUGAACGCACUACUUCCCUGACGAAUGCCUGACGCGCCUAAACACCAUAAUCUCACCAACCCACCAGCAAAAGGAAAGCGAAAAUGAUGCACAUUUGAAACCCCCGAUUCAGAGAAAAAGGUAUCAAUUGGAUUCACUUUCAUCCGCAAUGCGCGAACCUCUCCGGAACAACCGUGAAAUAUGAACGUUUUGACUAGUCCCGAGAAGAAAGGGAGAAAUCCACCCAUCACCAAGACGGCCGCCGCUCAACAAACCAAACACCGGGAAUCGAAUUGUCUGUUUACACGCUGUUUAGUCUAUUUAGAUUUCGCUUUUUCGAAUCCGGCUUCCUCCUGAUUGAUUGGAUGAUUUUCCAAAUAUGAACUGAAACGAGAGCAGUCUGGAAUUAAUUUCCGAUACGCUACGCUCGAUCGGAGCUCGUGCGAAAAGGGAGAACUUUAAAAUUCCGGGGGCGUUUUUCUAGGUUAGGAGGAUGAUCCGAAUCCGAACAGUCAGUGUUGAUUGAAAUAAAACGGUAGUUGGAGUA